AUGGUUGGAAUUAAUUCUGGUCUUGUUACUGGUCUUAUUAAGAAUAAAAUUGGAAAACCAAAAUUAAUCAAUUUCCAUUGUAUUAUUCAUCAAGAAAAUUUAACAUGUAAAUUUCCAAAUGAUUUUAGUGUUGUCAUGAAUAAAACAAUUAAAAUCGUCAAUUUUAUCAGAGCUAGAGAUUUAAAUCACCGAAAAUUUAAAGAAUUUAUUUCCGAACUAAAUUCCCAAUACAGUGAUUUUAUGUUUCAUACUGAAGUGCGAUGGCUAACCAAAGGUAAAGUCUUAGAACGAUUUUUUUCCCUUCGUGAAGAAAUUAAAUUAUUUAUCCACGAACAAAAAACUGAAUUUCCUGAAAUAAACUCAUUAGCAUUUUGGUACAAACUUGCAUUCCUUGCAGAUGUAAAUCAAAGUUUAAAUAUACUUCAAACCAAUCUGCAAGGAGAAAAUAAACUUAUCACUCACAUGGCCAGUAAGAUUUUUGAUUUUGAAGAAAAGCUCAAAAUGUACAUUGAAGAAGUAUCUGAAAAUGAUUUUUCAAGUUUUCCCAAAUUCGAUUUAAUGACGAAAAAAAAUACAAUUUUUUCUGACGAAGAAAACCUAACUGAUGUAGAAACUCUAAAAUCACAACUGCUUGUACUAUUGGUCACUUCAAAAAAUGAAAUGAAUAGUCGUUUCAAUGAUAUUAAAAACUUAAGAAAUUCAUUUCGAUUUAUUGAAAAUCCGUGGGCAGUAACUACAAAAGAAAUAUUUGAAAUUUAUAUUAUGAAUUGUAAUAUUGGUUUAUUGAAAAGUGAAUUAAUUGACUUACAGAAGGACAUAACUUUAAAAGAUAUCUUUAAUGAUGAGUCUGAUGGUAAUAAUUCUAAUUUGAAUGAAGGUAAUUUUCGAGCUAUUCUAAAAUAUAAAGCUAAAGACAUAGAUUAUUUAAAAAAUCAUCUAGAAUCCGAGUCUUGA